UGAUCUCGUCCCAGUAACCUGUACUAGAGCUAUGGUUGCGUGAAAUACGAGUACAUCCAUUCCCAAUAACUUCGCCUAACAGCCCACAGGCACAAGAAAAUUAUGGCAUCUAAAGGCGGUCCUAUCGCCCUUGGUACCGAUGGGACAGAUUUUGCUCACCGGCAAAGGGUAGCUGCUCAAUAUCAAAUCAGUGCCCUGAACAAGUCUCGACUAAAGUAUUGCAUUUUUUUCCACUACCUUCUGUUUUUUGCGAUGCUGGCUAAGCUGUCUGCCGAUAUUCUUGAUCGUCUGGAUAUAUUUAUACUAGAAAUAGAAGAAUUGCAAAUUCCAGAGCCAUUAUGGUGGGAGUAUGCCUGGUGCAUUAGCCUUCUGCUCUCAUUCUUCGGACUCUCGGCAGUACGGAAGAACCGGAUCAGAACCAUGCAGCGAUACAUGAGUGGAAUCAUAAUAUUUGGGUUUGGCCCCCUGUUUUAUGCUGCAGUAUACUAUUUCAGGGACACUUGGGAGUACCUACAUGAAGGGGAAACAGACAACAUCUUGAUCUGGCAGGGUUAUCCUUAUGGUCUGCUGUGGUAUGCGUUCAUCUUGUUGGCUGUUCAAGUUCACCUGUUCUCGUUGUACUUUGCACGGAACUUGAUAGCCGCCUGGAGAGCUCGCGGGACGAAGAAAGCCGAAUGAAAACCCAUGUCCACCCGUCAUGUUGUUGCUUGUCAGUGUAUGUUGUCCCCUCAGUUAGUACGUGCAUGAUGUUCAGACACUUGAUGGCACACGGCUCCAACUGAUGAAAGAGUUGCUCAUGUAAAACCAUACCCAGAGGCCUAGCAGUUUAAAAGUCAAAGAUUAAAUAUUGCAGAAUGCUCA